AUGUCCGUCGAUCUCGAGCCCGGUGAUCUCGGUUUUCGCCGUCCCUUUAAUCGUGAAGUAAGCGAAGUGUUACAUAUCCGCAACCCGCAAAGCGAUCCAAUCGCAUUCAAGGUCAAGACAACCGCUCCCAAGCAUUACUGUGUGCGUCCCAACUCUGGCCGUGUAGAACCUGGAAAACAUGUCGAAGUACAAGUCUUACUACAAGCGAUGAAGGAGGACCCUCCGGCAGAUGCGAAAUGCAAAGAUAAAUUCUUGGUGCAAUCGGUUGCUAUCACUGGAGAUUUGGAGUUCUCCAAUGUCACAUCGAUCUUCGAGAAAGCACCGAAAUCAGCAAUCCAAGAACGGAAAAUUCGAGUGACUUAUCUACCUGCGGGCGUCGCUAACGGACCAACUCAAACCGAAGAAGAACCUCCCGCGUACUCCUCACCCGGCGGCGCCUUCGAAACCCCUGCGCCAACCGCCAAAAAGAUCGUCGACGAUUCCACACCCAUCCCCGCGCCCAAUUUUGAAAAAUCACCCAAGCCAGAGACGCCCGACUCAAAGGAGGCUGACUCAUCCCUCUUCGAGAAUGCACCAUCUGGCGCUGCAGCAGAGACCAAGUCCGACUUCACCGAUAACGUAAAGGAGCAAUUGUCAGACGCACUUGCGCAGAUCCAAAAACUCAAAGCUCAACUUACCGAACAAGGAGAAGGAUUGCGCCAGCGGAAAGUUGGUGAGGGAUCUUCUAUCAGCAAGGCCAGUAACACGCUACAACAACAGGUUGCUCAGCCAGCAGCGGAGCUGGGUGUGCCGGUUCAGAUCGUAGCGGCGUUGUGCUUACUGAGCUUUUUGCUUGCUUAUUUCUUCUUUUAA